AUGUGUCAAUUUGACAAGUUUCAAUUAGUCAAUCAAAAGAAAAUUCAAAUUCAAAAAUAUCAAAAUCGAAAAAAAACCGUCAGUCCGUCAGUGAAUUGUGAAAGGUAUUUAUUUAGCCGUUUGAGGCAAAGAGUAAUUUAAUAUGGUUUGAGGUGAAACUGAAAGGCCGAGAAGAAGAAAAACGUUAAAACCACAUCCUUACGUCUUCAAUGUUCAAAACACUGUUUACGCUGAAGGUAUUAUAGAAACAACCUGCUGACGGAUACUAUCCACUUAUUAAAUAUUUAACUGAUUUUACAUUGUAGAUAACCAAAUAUGAAUUACAUAGUAGAUUUUAUUGAUCUCACAAGUCCUGUUACCCCAUUAAGGGACGAAGUUAUAAAUCUGGAUAGUGAUGAAUCCUUUGACGCUUCAUUGUUGGUUCGUGCACCAAGAAAAAGCCGUCAUAUGCAAAUUGUCAUUUCUACAAAUACAAGAUCAAACACCAAUACAAAACCAAAUAAUAAUCAGAAACAGCAAACAAACCCAGAACCAAGCAAAAUUACAAUAGAAAAAACAAAGAAUAAAUUUGGUGAUUGCCCUAUUUGCUGGGAUGAGUUAGGCAAAAAUCCUUUGGCUUCAACUGUGUGUGGCCACGUAUUCUGCUUUAAAUGUCUUAAGCAGGCAUUGUUAAGACUCAAACAAUGUCCCACUUGUAGACGUGCACUUAGGGAUGAAAGAUACUUCCAUCCUUUAUAUAUACCAACAGUUUAAACUUUUUUGAAUACUUAUGAGAUUGAAUUUGUUAUUUUUCUUAUCUAGUUGCUUAUUACUAUCAAAAAGACUGAUGUAUUUUUGUAAAUUUAUAGAUAUGUAUUUUGAUAAAUGUUUCCAAAUACAAUUUAACCGUUAAUUCUUUAUAAAGUGUGUUAAACAAGACUAAGUCAUAGUAUAAUCAAGUCACAUAAUUCAUAAUCAUAAUAGUUUAAUGUUCCAAAAACAAGUCGCAGGCGUCUUCUAGUAUGUAUAUAUUUUUUAAAUGGAUUUUAAAGCUUAAACUUUUUGUAUUGCAUAAAUUUGAUUUUAUGAUUUAGUGUUGUCUCCCAAUUUAAUGUGAUAAUAUAGUAGUGUUAGUAUUUAGGUCAUCUUCAUCAUAAUCUUAUCAGCCGGGGGAGGUAGCAGAUGGGUACAAAGCAUGUGUCUGAUGGCUUAAGAACAAUGAUUUUUCAUAUUGAUUGUCUGUGAAUCCUUGAAACUUGCCACCUCAUACUUAUAAAGCCAUCCAAAUGUUAUAAUUGCUUACUGUAAUUGCCUAUGGUAGGAUUAUGGACAAGAUUACAACUUUUAUAAAAUUGAUCCUGAGCUUACUGGUGGCAUUUACAAUAAGAUAAUAUUGAUAUUUUUUCAAUAAUAUUGCUAUACUUAAACUUAUUUUAUGUGACUUGCAUAGACAUCUUGCAUAGAUUAUGACAUCCUGCUCAAUGUUAUGAUUUACACCAUAGGUUAACUACUAUUUGACACAGCACCCCCUUUGCGAAUGUUUCUCCAUUUCUUGGACAUUAAAGUUGGCUGUUGUGGGUAGUCCUAUUUCAUAAGCUCUUAAAUAAAUCAGAAUAAAAUAAUUCAAAUGUUUAUAUGAUCCAAUUUAAAUAAUAAUUAUUAUACUUAAUAUUUCUUUUUUUUUAUUCUCAAAGGUGUCCUUGCCAUCUUAAGAAUGUCCUAUGCAUAGUUUGUUGCACAUCAAUUCAUAAAUUUUUUAUCUUUAAACCUUUGGCUUUGUAAACCAUAAAUUUAAAGUUACCUUUUUGUAGUGGUGAAGUGUUUGUCUUAAAGUCGCGGGUGUCGGCUAGUCUAGUCUAAAAUAGUAAAUUAGUUUGUAUUCAUAAAUUAUUGACAGUAAUUUAAAUAAAUAAAUAUAUAUUGUAUGUUAUAUUUGUUGCCAUAUUUUGAGAAAAAUUACUCUUGCUGAUAUCUGGAUCUAAAAUAUUGUUUAUUGGAUUUGUAAACUAGAGGUUUGAACUUUUCUUGUUCUAGUAGUACUGCAAGAGGAUCCACGUAGACGUAGUCUAGGGUGUCAGCUAGUCUAUAUAGCCUAAAUAAAGUUAGUAUUAAUUAAUGACAGUUAUUUAUUUAAAUAAGCAUUUUGCCGACAUUUUGACAAAAUGUAAGUACUAGCUGGUACCUGGACUUAAAAUACUUUGAAUUAAUUAUUACCUAUGAUAAAAAAUACUUAAUAAAACAACAUUUUCCCUUUAUAAAA